UAUGAAGAAAUAUUAUAUUAAGUAGGGAGAAAUACAGCAGAGGGAAGAACAAACUGUGUGAUUGGUUAGUUUUCACCCAAAUAAAAUCCAAAGUUACCAAACAUUUGAAUUGAACCAGCAUUGGACAAUAUUAAGAGGGGAUAGAAUCAUGUCUGUAGGUAACCGGUAUAUAUAAAUAAUAAAACGGCGAGUAAUUCUGGUAUAUAUAAGGGGUUGUGGGAGUUGCCAGUGGAAGUUGUCACCAACCACGGGGUUGAAUGAGUUAACCGCGGAUUCAAACGUUCGCGAUUCUUCCAACGAUAACGAUAUACGCUCUUGUUAUUUAUUUAUUUAUUUUUUAUACGCUUUUUUUCAAGUGAAUUGUGAAAUUUUUUUCUUUAAAUUUCAAAUAAAAUGGUGAAGAUGAUAAUAGUUUACUUCUUCAGUGUUAACUUAAUUUUGAUGAGUCAAAGCGCUCCAGUAGUUAUGGAGGAAGAGAUUAAGUGGAGAGAGAAUACUCUGACACCUGUUUGGCUCCCGGCGGCACCGAUUAGAAAUGAUCAAUAUCCGGUUGAUUAUAAUUUAUUAAUGAAGCAUAAAAAUGAAGAUAAAAAUGAUUGGGAAAGCAGAUCAGUAUACGGAUCAUUACCAGAGAUUAAGUCAGCAUUACCACGACAAACAGGAAAUAGACCACCAAAGAAAGAUUCUAUUUUAUCUCGCAGCUGGGGCGCAGGAGGAUUACCUUUUUCUGUUCUUUAUAUGAACUCACGUGGGUCUAGAAUUCAACCCACUGCUGAUACGAAAACAACCACAAGAAAACCUAUAGAGAACUCCUCUACAGUAAAAAAUCGCGCAAAUAGCCGCAAUGAACCAGGACGACGACAAUAUUCAAUUAUACCACAAUUGUUUAUAUCCUACGGCUGGAAUCCAUUUGGAAAAUAGAAACCAAUUGUCUCCCAAUGAGUCUUUAUUAUAAUCAACGUUUAUCAAUUAAUCUCCCAAGGACUAUUAAUUUAUUUUAUCGUAAUUGAUCUCGGAAUUCGUAAUUGAUCUCAUUUAUUUAUAUUAUU